AAGCCUCGUAAACAUUCGUAUUUUUAUUUUUGUCGAAGUUUUAUUUCGUAUAUUGUAAUGAUGUAUAUCGUUCGAAACAAGUGUAUUUAUUAAGUUGGUCUUUUAUUGCCUUUUUUUUGUAAAAUGAAGCUGAUCCAGAUUAUAACAAUAAUUUCCUUAUUUUUAUUUGACGGGACAAAUUCAGUUCGCUUGCACAAAAUGUUCCAGUUCAUCGAUGGUUUCAAGUCAGAACACAAUUUGCGUGGAUUUCUUCAUGUGGGAAACGACUAUGCUGUAUUUAUCCGAGCCCCGAAACCUCAUGACAAGUACCUAAUUUACGAAUUAUACGAAGCGAAAAAUGUACCUGAAAUGGACAGCUAUAAGCCCAGAAUGUUGGCGAUAACGAAAGUGCCAAUUGAGUACCUAAGGGAUCAGCUUAAGGUGUUCAGAAAUGAGUUGUAUAAAUCUAAAUAUGUGGAUAAUAAUGUCGUGCCAGGGACGCAAGUGAAAACUUUGAGGGAAUGGCAGAUAGAUAGGGCACUAACCUUCCAUGACAAUAAGGGACAAUUGCACGACAAGGUGCCAGUGUUACGAACGAUACUCUGAUUGAAUUAAAGCCGUAUAGUAAUUUCUCGCAUAGCAUUUAGCAAAAUAUAGUUUUAGAAUACA